AUGGUGCAGCAGAAGAAGGGUUCGGGCGAGUCGACGAACGGAAUAAACAAGAGAGAAUAUUCUACCAUGUCUUUUCAAAAGAAGGACAUUCCAGAUGCUAGAGUCAUGGGGGUCAACUCUGGUAAGGGUGAUGUUAAGCAGAAUGGCUCGACAGUAAACUCCCAGAACAACUUUCGAACUGAUAGUGCUAUCUCCACCACUCCUCGCCCGGGUCGUGAGCGAGUCUUGCAACCAUGGGUCGGACCAAGCAGCUCAGAUGGCCUCGAUCUGAGUUUAGAGAAGCCCAGCAGCGGUGGCGGUACAUGGGAUCAGUUCGCCGCAAAUGAGCGUCAAUUUGGUAUCAAGAGCACGUACGACGAGAAUAUUUACACAACCGCAAUUGAUAAGAGCCACCCGCAAUACAAGGAACGGGUGGCUGCGGCCGAGAAGAAGGCGAGAGAGAUCGAACGAAGCGCAGCGUCCACCGCUCAUGUUGCUGAAGAGAGAGUCAUGGAUUACACCGGCGGCGAUGAUGCGGGUGGUGAUGAAGAGGACAAGUACAGCGGUGUCAAGCGACAUGAUUUCCCCCCUUUACCCAAUAGCCGGGAGAACAAGUACACUCCACCAGCAAGACGAGCGCCGGCCGCAGCAUCCACCGUAAAGGGCGCACCAGUUGACCCUGCCAUCAUAUCGUCUCAGCUUAAACAGAAGAACCAGUCUGCUGCUACCAAGCAGGACGAUAACAAAUCUCGCCCUGUUCCCAAAGCCGAAGCUCCUGUGGCGUCUCCUACCGGCAAGCCCGCGGAGACCAAGCCCGAUGGCAAAGUUGAGCCUCAGGGUAAGCCGGCGGAAAGUAAAACGGCGAACCAAUCCACAGUUCCGUUGAGACCAUCCGCGGCUACCAGCCGAACUAUCUCACCUCAGGCCAAGGAUGGUCAAGGUAUUCCACCUAGUGCUACCUCCACUGUCGAACGGGACGUGCUCAAGGAAUUCAAGACGUUCGCGAACCAACAGCGCCUGAACGCCGAGAAGGCCCGAAGCACUAAAGCUAAAGCCGAUAAGGAAGUCAAGUUGAUCGAACUGAAGAAGUUUGCUGAUAGUUUCAAACUACCGACUCCAGUUCCUAUGGAUUUGAUUUCGAUUAUCGCCAAAGACCCUGCAAAACAAAGAGAGAUUCAAGAGAAGGCGAAGCGUGACGCUGCUGAAGUCGCCAAGAAGAAGGCUGAGGAGGCCGCUGCUAAGGAGAAGAAGGGUACUGUGACGAAGGAAGCUCAAGUCACAACAACAACACAGGCACCUCCUGAGAAUAGAACUAGCCGCCCGACUACCAACGCUCCCAGUACGGCUAACGUGCCGGCUCCUUCUCGUCACCAGGGGAACCGUUCAAGCUAUGCGCCUAAUUCUUAUACCUCCUAUCAAGGCAAUCGUGGAGGUCCACAGCAGCAUAUACAGCCAGGCGGCCGCCAGGGAAAUCUAGGUGGGCGUCUUCGAGCGAUAGAAUCGCAAAAAGCGCAAGGUCAGGACGUUCGAUUACCUCCCACAGGCCCUGCAAAUGCAACUGAUACCUCUUUCAACCGCCGCAUGGGCGGUGUGUCGGGCCAUUUGAGUGGAAAGCUGAACCCCAACAGCCACGAGUUUCGGCCUAGCGCGUUUGCGCCCUCAUUCAGCCCCAACGGCCAUCCUAGCGCAGGAUCAAGCCCGCGCUCGACUGUCAAUCAUGCAACUGAUAUACAGCCUGUCAAUUCCGCUACUACGCAUGCACUACUCAUUAUUGUGACUAAGAAGAAGAAGGCGAUUGAUGGGAAGAAGUGUAACAUUUUGGCCUUUGUGAAGACGAUCCAACCGCCCGAGAACAAGAAUUGGAAUGAGAAUGAUGGUCUCCGACCAUCUUACGAUACCCCGCCUACCUGGCGUUCUGCGACUGACGACGAGAAGCCUGAUUCUACUAUGCGUUUGUCUUACGACGAGUACUUUGAGAGACAACCUUUCAACCCACAACCAACUCCGAACCCUCCUCACCUGCUUCCACAGUUGGCCCACCAGCACCAGCUACCUCUACACAUGCAGCACGGCGCUCACCCUUCCGCGCCGCGACACUCUCCUCACGUACCUCCCGUCCAGGUUCAUGGACAGCAUGGUCCUGUUCCUCAUGCCCCGUUCAACGGAGCGGAUGAUCAUAGAAUGAUGCAUUCCAACUCGUCACAGUCGUACUCGUCCCCAAGAAUGGGUCAAGUACCGAUGGUCUAUCCACCCAACAUGAAUUCGGCUCAGAUGCCGUACAACCAGCACAUGAUGCCUGCAUUCAUGGGGCCUGGAGGAGGACCCCCCAUGAACCAGUUUAACCGCAGUUUUUCGAACACCCCUCAGUAUGUGCCACCCCAGCAGGCGGGAAUGGGCGCGCCUAUGAUGAUGCAGCCGCAAUUUAUGGCUCCGCAGCCGAUGGUCGCUGCUCCUCCUCAAAUGCAGCCAUAUCCUACCGGCGGCCACUUGCAGUUCAUGCCUCCCGGCACCACCCCGCCGCAACCGAUGCCUGGAACUAAUGGCUAUCCCAGCCCGGGAAGACCGGCGGCAACUAUGAUGGCCCACCAAGGAUCACAGCAGGGACAGCCGAUGUAUGGCGUGAGCCCCGGCAUGCAAUACCAGCAGCCGGUGACUUUCGUGCCACAGCCGCAGGGGCAGAGUAAGUGGCAAAGGCGAUACUCUAAUCAGAGCAAGAAGAUGACUAACACGCCAGGUGAAGUGAAUAACAUGCGGGGAUAUAAUAACCCCGGCCCCCAGCAGCAGUUCGGAACGAGCCCGCAACAGGUCCACCAGUAUGGACCGCCUCACCGAAAUGGAAGUAAUAACUUCAAGAAUUACCAGAAUCACAGCCAGCAUCAAGGUCCGCAAGGUGCGCACGCGAUUCCGUCGGGUCCACAAGGUCGAUCUUCGGACGGCCCCGACGAAGCUAAGUGA